ACAAAGGCAGCCAGCAGAAAGAGAGGGGAACCCUCUCGUGCUCAUCCCAUCCCAUCAGCUCCCCAAUUCCAUUUCUCCAUCCAUGACAGCUUGCCAUUUCCCCACCUGUCCCUAUGCUACCACCACCUAAUAAAAAAAAAUCCCAGGCACCUACUCCCCCAUUAGGCCAUUACAAUCUGCGAAAGGCGACUCCUUUCUGAUCCUUUUUAUCGGAAUUCUUUCUUGCUUCCUCCUCUCUUCUCCACAGACCAAGAAUCUCUUCACCGGUUAUUCGCGGGUCAUUUCAUUUCAGUCGGUGCCUUUUUUAGGCCAAUUGGAGGGAACAGAAGGGUGGUCUGUGUCUCUUUUCUUUACUUGCUGCAAGCGCUUUCGUGGGGAGUUGAAUUUGGGCGCCUCUUGCUCCAGGCAGUAUUUUAUCGAGCAGGAUUCUGGUAUCCGGUGAUUCUUGCUUGUUGCAGGCGCCAAGGCGAGGAAUUGGGCCUAGCUCCAGGUCAAAUCCGUGCCUUGUUGCGUUAAAUAGAAGGAUUCCUGGAUGGGUAACGCGCUCAAGGCACCAUAGCUAAAGAUGUGAGAUUUGGUGGUGUCAGCAGAGAUUCUUGGUGUGUCAGACUGUCAUCCCUGGAACCGGAGUCUGCUGCUGAUUUGGUGAGGACAGUGCAGGAGAAACAUGUCUUUCAGGAGCCUGAUUCAGGACAUGAGGGACGAGUUCGGGAGCAUCUCGCGGCACAGCCUGCGGUCCCGGUCUCACCGGUCCGCCGGGAACGCGUCGCGGGCGGCGGCCGCGGGGCCGUCGGAGGCGAUGGACCAGAGCUGCUGGGCGCAGCUGCCCCCCGAGCUCCUGCGGGAGGUGCUGGUGAGGAUCGAGGCGUCGGAGAGCUGGUGGCCAGCGCGCAGGGACGUGGUGUCAUGCGCCGGCGUCUGCCGGACCUGGAGGGGCAUCAUGAAGGAGGCCGUGCGCGUCCCGGAGGUGUCAGGGAAGCUCACGUUCCCCAUCUCGCUUAAGCAGCCUGGCCCAAGGGAUGGCACUCUUAAAUGUUUCAUCAGGAGGAAUCGAACUACUCAGACAUAUUAUCUGUAUAUUGGAUUAACAGAAGCAUUGGCUGAUGAUGGGAAGUUCCUACUUGCUGCACGCAAGUGUCGUAAGCCCACAUGCACAGACUACCUAAUUUCUCUUGAUAAGGUUGAUAUGUCAAAGGGAAGCAGCACCUAUAUUGGCAAGCUAAGAUCAAACUUCCUUGGAACAAAGUUCACUGUCUAUGAUGCUCAUCCACCAUAUGAUGGAGCUGUGGUCUCAAAGAGUCGCUCUGCACGUGUGGUUGGUUUGAACCAGGUCUCCCCUAGAGUUCCGGCUGGGAAUUAUCCUGUUUCACAUAUUUCUUACGAGCUGAAUGUUCUGGGCUCCAGAGGUCCAAGAAGGAUGAACUGUGUUAUGGAUUCCAUCCCGGCAUCAGCUGUCGAGGAAGGAGGGAAAGCUCCUACACAGACUGAAUUUCCACUUAGCAGUCUUGACUCUUUCCCAUCAAUUCCAUUCUUCAGAUCUAAAUCAGCUCGGAUAGACAGUUCAACAUCGCAGUCAUCCAGAUCGGAUAGGUUGGUGCUGAAGAACAAGUCUCCUAGGUGGCAUGAACAACUGCAGUGUUGGUGCCUGAAUUUCCGUGGACGGGUCACUGUUGCUUCUGUUAAAAACUUUCAGUUGGUAGCUUCUGAUGACAAUGGACCAGGGAACCAAGAUAAUAACAAGGUCAUUCUCCAAUUUGGAAAGAUUGGAAAAGACUUGUUCACCAUGGACUACCGUUAUCCAAUAUCAGCAUUUCAAGCUUUUGCAAUUUGUCUGAGCAGUUUUGAUACAAAAAUUGCCUGCGAAUGAGGCAAGAAGCUGGGCAACAAUGGCAGAUAGCAGGACAGCAUACAUUAUAUAGCCUGAUGCUGGAGCAGGAGGGCUGGAAACUACCAUACCACCAGAAGAAGUGAUACAAAAUGAUUAUGAGCUCCGGUGUGAAUAGCUGCACUACAAAGUUGGUCCCUGCUUGUUCCGCCGCCUAGUUUAUUUUUCCUCUGAAUUUCAAUAUAUGCGCAUUCUUUGCCGGUGUUGGCAAGUCAAAGUCUAUAGUGUGGAGAAUGGCUUGUGCUUUGUGUGGCCACUGGCCAUCGGUGAGCUGAUGAGUUUGUGAGAAUAGAGGUUUCCAGUGAUAGUGUGAUAACAGACGUGAUUACGCUGUACGAGUUUUUGAGUUUUAAUGUUUAGUCAGUGCUUGGGUUCAUGGUGAAAAGACAUGCUAAGAGGCUUGUUUCAACUGUUGAACCUGCAUUGCGAAUUUGCGAUAAAACGUUUCGUCCAGUCGACAGUUUUUGAUU